AUGGCAGCAGAGUCAAGUAACUUUGCGCAACCUUGCAUUCCAAAGUUCAAUGGGGAUUAUGAGCAUUGGAACAUGCUAAUGGAGAAUCUCCUACGUUCAAAGGAGUAUUGGAGUGUUAUUGAGACAGGGUAUGCAGAGCCUGCACCUGGAGAAGCUUUAACUGGUGCACAGAGGAAAACCUUGGAGGAGACAAAGUUGAAGGAUCUGAUGGCCAAGAAUUAUCUUUUCCAAUCCAUUGACAAGUCCAUCCUCAAGACAAUUGCUCAGAAGGAGACGGCAAAGCAACUGUGGGAUUCCAUGAAGGUCAAGUACCAAGGAAAUGCUAGGGUACAGUGUGCUCAGCUUCAAAUCCUUCGCAGGAAUUUUGAAGUGUUGGAGAUGAAAUUUGGAGAAUCUGUCACAGAUUACUUUGCAAGGGUGAUGCUGGUAGCAAACGACAUGAGGAAUCUUGGAGAGAACAUGUCUAAUGUGAAGAUCGUUGAGAAGAUCUUGCGCACACUUACUGAGAAGUUCAACUACAUAGUCUGUUCGAUCGAGGAGUCGAAAGAUAUCAAUAGUCUUUCAGUGGAUGAACUGCAGAGUUCAUUACUCGUUCAUGAAAAAAAAUUCUAA